AUGUUACACGUGUGGUGGGCUACUUCUGGGCAGCCACUGGCUUCCGUGACGCAAGAGGAGCUGAGUGAUGUCAGGACUCUGAAGCAGCAUCUGCGAGCCCUGCACGGCUUCCCCAUAUGUAUUCAGCAGCUCCUUCAUGAUGGCCAUUGCUUGGAGGAUGGUUGCAAGCUGGAAGCACCCAUGGACUUACAGUUGGUCCUCUUGACCGUCUCCAAUACACAGGGCGGACAAGCCGAAGCUGAGUUGGGUCUGGCCGCAAUCCAGGGCCACGUCGAGGUGGCGCGGUUUCUGCUGGCGGCAGGACCAGAAUGGUCAGAAGGCCCUUCCCCGCGCUUCUGCCCAGGGCAACUUGGAGAUGGUGCGAUUGCUGCUGGAAGCUGGCGCAGAUAA